GUUUGUAUUCACUCCAAAACAAAGCAAACUGAAAACAGCUAAAUUUUUUAGUAAGUUUGAAUAUAUUUUUAGACAAAAAAAUUAACUUUUAAAUCUUUUAUGAUCACUAAAUGGGUUAAUUCAGAUAAAUGUGAUAACUUUUUUAUAUAACCAUCUGAUGAAACACAAUAAUGAAACAAUAUUUCAGGAUAUAUUUCAAAUUGAAUGUGUAACCCAGGAUUAGCAGGAGAUUGUUUACUUUGCUUUUGUUAUCUUCUCAUUUCUUUUUUUUCCCCUGUGCAUUAAUUUAUGAAAAUAAAUGACCAUUUAUCAUGUUUAUCAGAAAAUUAUGUUUAUGUUAUUUACUCUGCAGGCUCAGUACUCAGUAUACCAACAUACUGUGAUAUAUAUUAAACUCAUUAAUUUGAUAUAAAACAUAUUUCAAGAUUUUUGAGCUUAAAUCUAACAGGUUUAAAUUGACUGAAUUAGAAUUAUUCUGUGCUGCGUUUUAGUCAGUUAGCUGGUAGGGCCCAACCACUUGGCGCAAGACCACCCAUCAGAGAUCUCUGAAAUGCUGAAACAUAUCCCUGUUUUGUUUCUUUUUUUGGACGUACUCUUAUCUUAGGUGCCCUCCCUUCAGACAGCAUGCCAAAUAUGCAUAAAUCUAAAAUGCCUAGAGUGAAAUAUGAAACACUAGGCUGUCUCUUUUUGUUAAAUGUCAUUAUCGUAAAUUAUAUCAAGUAUAUAUGAAGUUUAUCAAUAUAAAGUAUUGGUAAGAUGUCAUUAUUGAUAUAGUUCUUAUAAAAGUUUAAAUAGAAAUCGAACCAUGGAUUUUUCUUGCUGUUAGGUAAUCAUGCUACCCACUGCACCACCGUGAUGCUAAAUAGAAAUCAUGAACAUACAACUUCUGCUAUUAUACCCUUGGCAAAUAAUAGAUUUAUAAGGCAAAAGACUGAUUUUGGGAGGUUAUGUGAGCACUUAUUGUUCAGUGAGUUGAGGUCAUGUCUCCAAAUACGGCAAUGAUGGCAAUUUUCAAAAUAGGUGCUAUUUAAACACUAAUUUACAGCAUGUCGUACUGCCAAUCUAUAGUCUGGUUUCAAACAGAGGAAUGUAUAGGGAUCCACGCUCUACAUCUGUAACCUGACAUACAGUGCACAAUGCUGUAAUGAUCAGUGGUUCUAAACUGAUGCUGAAUAGUUAAAACUGUAGAUUAAAGUCAUUACUUUAGUUUUUAUGUGUACAAAAGGAUUGUCUUAGGCAUAGCUUUAUUAAUUUAUGGUAGAACCACAUGACCAACGGACCUUUUUGACAAUUUUAUUGCUACCAUUCUGUACAUUGAAUGUUUUGGAACCCUUGCUGUCAAAACCAUCUUUAUAUUGAUGCACUUACAGUAGGCCUGGAUUUUUUGCCUUUUAUGUUGGCUUGCUGGGAGGCUUGAGCCAUGUAAAACAAUGACCAGAACAUUUGCUUCAAUACACAAGUAUUGCAUCACCAUGUUGUCUGAAAUCUCUAAAGAGAUGAAUCAUUUGAUAAAUUUGGAUUCAGUGACGUACGUCCAAUGAUCAUGGCAUGAGAUAAAAAGGAAGAGAAAUUUAAUUCAAAGCAGAUCUGAAGCAUUCAGACAGUCUCUGCCAUUGCUUGCUCUGAUUCUAAGCCUGUUUGUGCAAUAAGCCUGUGCAAAACAAAGCAGACAUGAGUUUAUCUCAGAAUAGCUCAAGUGUGUAUCCCGAAUACUUUUUCAUCAUUGGACUUUCAGGUAUACACAACAGCAACUAUUACUAUAUGUUUUUAUGCAUUACAUAUUUUGUAACGGUAACUGGAAACUCUCUAGUCCUUCUUUUAAUUGCUCUGUACCGGAGUCUGCACAGUCCAAAGUACAUUGGUGUGUUUAACUUGGCCUUGGCUGACUUUGGUGAAACUAACGCACUGAUUCCUAACAUGAUGAGGACUUUUCUGUUUGACUCCCAGUACAUCUCUUAUAAUGCUUGUUUGGCCAACAUGUUUUUUGUUCAUUUUUUUAGUACUGUGCAGAGUUUUACUCUUGUUGUUCUGUCAUAUGAUCGCUUCAUUGCAAUUUUCUUGCCAUUAAGGUAUCAUGCGAUUGUGAAUUAUACUUUCAUGUAUUUUGUUUUUUCAAUAAUUUGGGUCUUCAAUGCUUCUAUUGUAGCCUUUGCGGUGUCUUUGAUCACCCGCCUAUCAUUCUGUGAAUCUAACAAGGUAAACAGCUAUUAUUGUGAUUAUGGACCAGUGUAUAGAUUAGCAUGUAACGACAAUAGCAUCUGUGCUUCAAUGGCACAACUCUCAGCAGCUUUAUAUGUUGUAGCACCAGUGAUCAUUAUAGUCCUUUCAUAUCUGGGUAUUUUUCUAGCUUUAAGUAAAAUCACAACUUGGGAAGGACGUUUAAAAGCACUGAAGACCUGUGUAUCCCACUUGUUGUUAGUGGGAUCUUUUUUUCUCCCCAUAAUAUGUAUUUUUAUUGCUACAUCAACUAAUUCUCUUUCUUUAAAUGCAAGAGUUAUCAGCACAUCUCUGGCACAUGCUCUUCCACCAAUGCUACAUCCUAUCAUUUAUGUUUUAAACACUGCUGAAAUCAAAGACAUUAUUAUAAAAAUUGUAAGAAACAAAUGUUUACCUGUUAGAAAGAACAUUUUAAAAUUAAGGAAAUGAUUAUUUGUCUUAUUAACCAUUAGGGAUAAUAUGACCUAUGGUAAAAACUACUGUACAUUUUGAUGUUGCAUUAAUAUUUUCAAAGAUGGCAUUCAAAUUACUUGUUUCUCUGCUUUUUUUCUCUUGCUGCGUUUAUAAAAUUAAAUAAUUAAAUACUUUUACAAAUAAAACAAAAACAAAUGCAUUUGAUAUGUAAUCAGCAAUAUAUAUAUCAUUCAAUGUCAAUAAAGGACUAUUAAUAUUUCCAA